AUGAAGCGACGCAAGUUCGACCCAGUGUCGCUGUCCCACACUCGCCUCAGAUUGCUUCAAAUGCUAAUGGCCACACUCUUGGUUUACUUCCUAAUUACCAGCUUCGACACCCACUGGGAUUCCGGCGACGAAAACGACGCCCCGUUCGAGCUGCUCAGCGACACGUCGUUGCCCACCCAAGGCCCGCUCCGUGAUUCCCCGCGGAUAAUGCGGGAGUCAAAGAGAGUCUCGGGUUUGGUCUUCGAGGAGAAGAAGAAGAAGAAGAAGACCGGUUUUGACGGAAAUGCGAGUAAGGCGGGCGGAGUUCACGCGCUUCACGAGGCCGCCGUGGAGGCGUGGCGAGCUGGGAAGAAGCUCUGGGCAGAGAUAGAGUCCGGAAAAGUUGAGCUAGACAACAACAACAAGUACGAGAACCGGUCCGACCCGUGCCCGCAUUCGUUUUCGGUGUCCGGGUCCGAGUUUCGCGCCCGGAACCGGGUGAUGGUGAUCCCGUGUGGACUGACGCUGUGGUCGCAUGUGACGGUGGUGGGGACGCCGCGGUGGGCCCACCCGGAAUAUGAUCCGAAGAUUGCGGUGUUGAAGGAGGGAGCUGGGGCGUUGAUGGUGUCGCAGUUUAUGAUGGAGCUGCAGGGCUUGAAGAAUGUGGAAGGGGAGGACCCGCCGCGAAUAUUGCAUUUCAAUCCGAGAUUGAAGGGGGAUUGGAGUAACAAGCCGGUCAUCGAACAGAACACUUGUUACCGCAUGCAAUGGGGGUUGUCGCUUCGCUGCGAGGGCUGGCGGUCCCGGGCUGAUGAAGAAACCGUUGAUGGACAAGUGAAAUGUGAGAAGUGGAUUCGUGACGAUGACGAUCAGUCUGAAGAAUCGAAGGCCAUAUGGUGGUUGAACAGGCUGAUAGGAAGAACAAAGAAGGCGACUGUAGACUGGCCGUACCCUUUUGUUGAGGGCAGGAUGUUUGUUCUCACCUUGAGUGCCGGUUUGGAAGGUUACCAUAUCAGCGUUGAUGGUAGACAUGUCACUUCCUUCCCUUAUCGCACGGGAUUUGUUCUGGAGGAUGCCACUGGACUGUAUGUAAAUGGAGAUGUUGAUGUGCACUCUGUCUUUGCUGCCUCCUUACCUACAUCACAUCCUAGUUUCGCUCCACAGAUGCAUCUUGAGAUGGUUACUAAAUGGAAAGCUCCACCUCUUCCCUAUGGGCGUGUGGAGUUGUUCCUUGGCAUUCUUUCGGCUGGCAACCAUUUUGCUGAGCGGAUGGCUGUGAGGAAGUCUUGGAUGCAGCAUAAGUUAGUCAAGUCUUCACGAGUUGUUGCACGUUUUUUUGUAGCAUUGCAUGGUAGAAAGGAAGUAAACGUGGAGCUAAUGAAAGAAGUAGAGUAUUUUGGUGACAUUGUUAUAGUUCCUUACAUGGAUAACUAUGAUCUUGUAGUACUGAAGACUAUAGCAAUUUGUGAAUAUGGGGUUCGAACAGCGCCUGCAAAGUAUAUCAUGAAAUGCGAUGAUGACACCUUUGUCCGGGUGGAUGCUGUGCUCAAGGAAGCACGAAAAGCGCGUAAACAUAGAAGCCUAUAUAUAGGAAAUUUGAACUACCACCACAAGCCUCUUCGUUUUGGUAAAUGGGCAGUGACAUAUGAGGAAUGGCCAGAAGAAGAUUAUCCAACCUAUGCAAAUGGUCCAGGAUACAUUAUCUCCUCCGAUGUAGCAAAAUUCAUCCUAUCUGAGUUUGAAAAGAACAAGUUGCGAUUGUUCAAGAUGGAAGAUGUGAGCAUGGGAAUGUGGGUGGAGCAGUUCAACAAUUCUAGACCAGUGAAGUAUGUGCACAGUUUGAAGUUCUGCCAACAUGGGUGCAUUGAAGACUAUUACACUGCACACUACCAAUCCCCAAGGCAGAUGAUAUGCAUGUGGGGAAAAUUGCAGGACGGGAAACCCCAAUGCUGCAAUAUGAGAUGA